CUAAUCGUUAAUUGCAUCUUGAACGCUUUCUUGUCUUACACCGCCAUUGUGUUGAACAUCGUAACAGUACAAGCGCUUAGAAAAACUUCUUCGUUGCCGACGCCUUUAAAAACAUUACUUCUGAGUUUAACUGUUUCUGAUCUUGGAGUUGGUCUACUUGUCCAACCUUUGUACGUUGCAAUUAUUGUGAUGAAAAUAAAAGCUGGUACUGAAAACAGUUUAUAUCACGCUGUACGGAUGGCACACAUCAUCCAGAGCUUUUUAUUUGCCUUUGCUUCGUUCUUUGGUGUUGUUGCUUUAGCUGUUGACAGAUUCCUGGCGAUUCAUUUUCAUCUCCGUUACCAAGAACUUGUGACUCAGAAGCGUGUUGUUGCUGUAGUCUUCUCAUUGUGGGUGUCAAGUGCAUUUCUAUCCAUUCCUACGUCGAAAUGGAUUCCCAAAAAAGUUUUAUUCAAUAUGCAUGCAACGAUAAACGCUUUCUGUCUUAUAACUUUAAGUUUGCUUUACUGCAAAAUAUACGCAGCCGUACGACGCCACAAAAAUCAAAUUCACGCCCUACGUGUGCAAGUAGCAGAGAAAAGAGACAUGGCAAAUGCAGCAAGGUUAAGAAAAACUGCAGUUAGUACAUUCUAUGUGUAUGCGGUAUUUUUAGCUUGUUACGUGCCAGUAUUUUGUCUCUCUUUUUCCAGUUUCAUCGGUGGUUUAACUGCUGUGCCAUUUGAUAUGUGGUACUAUGUCUUCACACUUAUGUACCUCCAUUCAUCUCUUAACCCUCUCGGAUCUACAGCUGGAAGAUAAGAGGCAUUCGUCAAGCUGUUGUGGACAUUCUUCGAAACACCUUGCCUAAUUUUUGAUUGAAAUAAGGUUCCCGCAAAGAAUCAAGAGAGCACUGCCUUUUUUUAUGCGAAAGACAACUCAGCAAUACGUUUGAAAAGUCCCGGAGGUGUACUUCCUUAUAAGAGGCUAAUGGGGAUGUGCCGCUGAAUGGGAUCGCAUUUGCACGACUGGAUUGACAAUAAUGGGGUCGCAUUUCCAAUAGAGUUACUAGAAUGGGGUCGCACAUGUUCUGAUUUUUGGGGUAAGACAGUUCUUCAUAUUUACGGUUAGCAAACGUACCAGAAUGUUUGUACUGUACGUGAAAAGUAAAGUGUUCUUUAUUCAAUAUAACGUAGAUACAUAUUAGAAAGUGAUUAAGCUGGGAUCGCGAAAAUUACGUUUUUGCCCAAAGGUGACUAAGAUUGGGGCUAUAAUUGGCCACAGAGUAAACUAUAAUGGGGUAGGGACUCUGAGAGGCCAGCGGCACAUACCCAGCAAAAAUUAACCCAAGACGUGAGGAAUGAGUUAAUUUAAAACCAUCAGUAAAAUUUCGCUUUUUCUUAAUUAUUGUCUCAGUACCUAAGACAAUAACUAAGAACAUAUCAUUCAAAUUACUUUUUCUGUUGGCCUAGACAAAUUUGGGUAUAAAAAAAUAUUUAAUUGCAUAUUUUAUAUAUGUUGAUCUUAACAGCAACUAUUUUCGACAAUUUGUCUACCAGGCACUUUAUAAACUUCGGAAAAUGGCGUCACCAUGACACCGAAACGUCGUUGCUUGUUUUUGCUUUACGAACCCUAUACUUAUUAAAGAAAAAAGGACAUAGGGUGCAAAACAUGCAAUGCGCGUGAGAGGAGCUGUCCUGGCGCGUGUUCUCCUUCCUCGCGACCAGUCGAACGCUUGUCAUUUUUGAUGGGAUCAUGUAAACAAAUACAAAGCCACGAGAGGGAACCGGAGAGAGCUUAGGCCGGUGCCAAAGUGUCACCGGUAUCAUAGACGGCUAUCAUAUAAACACUGCCUUAGUUUUGAGACUCGUCUUUGUAGAGGGAGUUCACAGCCAUCCUAGUACUUUUGAGCUCAGUCAUGGUUACUCAAAUUCCUAACUACUGUGCAUUCAACACUCGGGUUUUACUAGAUCUUUAGCCACAAAGUUCUAAGCUAGGUCGGAGAACUUAAAAUGCUUUCAUUUUGCGUGUCAGUCCUACUACUUCGAUCUAUGACUCCGCGUAAGACUCCGGUUUUGUCCGCAGUGAAACCAGCCUUUGCACCUGUUUUACUAUAGAUUAUUUAUUUUAGUCAUAAUAUUGCAACUAGAACUAUCUACAACCUCUUUUUUAAAGAAGUUCAGAUGUUUCUGUUAACAGUUUUGUGAAAACAUCAUGUACUGACGGUGGCAAAGGACCAAAGACAAAUUGGCUGUGAUAAUAACAAUCAUUCCCCGUUUAACUGCUUUGACUGGCGAGUUAAGAAAAUCUCAUAUCGACAGAGGAACAAUUAUAACUAAAUGCAUUUGCUACAAUACAUCAGUUACUAUUGAAAUUACCAGUAGAAGUGAAUUUUCACAAUAUUUUGCUGUCGGUACUGUUUUAUAAUUAAGUGCCGACUCGGGGCUCUUUGUUCGUGCGUUGGCUUCUACUUGCAUAGGCCUGGAGAAGCAUCACCUUGUUAGUUCACAGGCUUUGAGAAACCAAAAACAAAAGGACGUCACUCUUUUCAAGCGUGUUUUCUUUUUAUUUCCAAGAACUCUUUUUGUCAAACAUCUUAUUCAUUUUUUUUUUUUUGACAAAUUGGACGUUAUGACAUUCAUGUAGUCUUAAAAGCCCAGAAGCUAGCAAUUCCAGAAACAAUAUACCUAGAAAAAAUACAAAGCGUCCAAAAUAAUAAGCAGAUCAAACCUUUUUGGCUGUUUAAUAAGCAAUUAUUGGAUGAGGCUGAGUAGGUUGUGAAGAAUUAUGCCGCAGAUCGAGGAGGAUGUUAUCCACCGAGGCUGAAGGCCGAGGUGGAUAACAUUCUCCGAGAUCUGCAUUAAUAAUUCUUCACAUCCUACGAAAGCCAAAUUCAAUAACUGUUUUAUUAAUCAUUAAUCAUUCGCUCGGUAAUUAUUUCAAGAGUGCCUGGGAACUUAGGCAUUAUCCUUUAUAAACCCGAUAAAACACGACAGCUCUUUUAUUAAGCAUUACGUGAAGAAGCCAUGAUCUUCCGUGAAAGGCUGAAAUGACUCUGGGAUAUUGGAUUCAGUAGUUAUACAUCAAGCUGCGUAGUAAAGAACAGGUUCUCAGUUAACUGGGAUGACAACAAUUGUCCUCGAAAUAGAUUUUUCUACUUUCAACAUUAUAUUCACUCUUAGUAUUGUUAAUUUUCAAUGACCCUUAAGAGACAUUUGCAUCUUUACCAGUGUUUUCUGUGCUUUAUUGUAUUUUUUUCGAUUAGAAACUGCUUCAUUUUUCAGGCUGAAGAGGUUCUUAGAUAUGGUUAACAAAUCAAAUUUCCGUCCGGAUGUCCUUACUAUGCAGUUUCUUUUAUGCAGCUAAAGCUUUCACUCCCCGCCCGUAUUCUGGUGUAUAUGAAGGGUAUAGAAACAUCUGCCAAAAUGCGACGGAGAGCAAUCUAUUAGCUUUUGUACACAGAAUUGGACGUAUGGUACUCAAACGCACUCUUUCACAACCAUUUAAUUAGUUAAGGAUAUCUUAAGACAACAUGGUUACUUGGUCAAUCCGUUAACUGGAAGAAAAGUGCGACAUUUAUUUUCGGAAAGAAGUCAGAACUGAUUUACCAAUCUGCGUUCAAAAAGAAAAAAAUACUUGUAGAUUACUUCAGGUACCAGUUGUUCAGAAACAUGCAGGUCAGUGAGGGAUUGUACUCGAAACUUGUCGCUACCUGCAUUUUCAACGCUUUCUUGUCUCACACCGCCAUCGUGUUGAACAUCCUAACAAUACAAGCGCUAAGAAGAACUUCUUCGUUGCCGACCCCCUUAAAAACGUUGCUUUUGAGUCUAACUGUUUCUGAUUUUGGAGUUGGUCUACUUGUCCAACCUUUGUACGGUGCAAUUCUUGUGAUGCAAAUAGAAGAAAAUACUGAAAACAAUUUAUAUUAUGCUUUACGGAUUGCACACAGCAUCCUGGGCAAUUUACUUGCCUUUGCUUCGUUCUUUGGUGUGGUAGCUUUGACUGCUGACAGAUUCUUGGCGAUUCAUUUUCAUCUCAGAUACCAGGAACUAGUGACUCAGAAGCGUGUUGUUGCUGUAGUCUUUUUAUUGUGGGUGUUAAGUGCAUUUCUGUCCAUACCUAUGUCGAAAUGGAUUCCAGAAAAGGUUUUAUACAGUAAGUAUGCAACGAUAAACGCUUUUUGUAUCAUAACUUCAGGAUUGCUUUACUGCAAAAUAUACGCAGCCGUACGACGCCACACAAAUCAAAUUCACGCCCUACGAGUAGCAGGGAACAGAGACAUGGCAAAUGCAGCAAGGUUAAGAAAAACUGCAGUUAGUACAUUCUACGUGUAUGUGGUAUUUUUAGCUUGUUACGUGCCAGUAUUUUGUCUCUCUUUUGCCACUUUGAUCGGUGGUUUAACUGCUGUGCCAUUUGAUUUGUGGCACUAUGUCUUCACACUAAUGUACCUUAAUUCAUCCCUUAAUCCUCUGAUCUACAGCUGGAAGAUAAGAGGCAUUCGUCAAGCUGUUGUGGGCAUACUUCGAAACACCUUGCCUGGUCUUCACUAA